CUGUCCGAGCUGAGCAGAGGAGGAGGAAACAGAUGAUUCGUCUGCUGCUGGAGACUGAAACCUGCCAACUGAAACCUCCGAGGGCUUAUAAAGAAAAACUAACCCCCCUAACAAGCGAGUUUGAAAGAUGGACUGAUGACGUUUACCUCCAUAGACUGAGUCCAGAUCCACUAUAAACCAGCCUGCGCCGAUGACCCGCCUCCUCUGACUCCACCCGAGUCCACCUUCUGUUGACCAGUGGGCGGGGUGGGCCCUGCUCAGGGCGGGGGGGGGGUCGUGAUCAGGGAUGGACAGUCGAUGCAGCAGCAGCGCCGACUCUCGGCUGACCGGCAGGGGGCUGGGCUCCAUCAACACCACGGCCAUCUGCGCAAGGGUGGAGUCGUACGAAGCCGGAGAGAAGAAGUGCAUCUCGGACGUGAGGAGGACCUUCUGCCUCUUCGUCACCUUUGACCUCUUGUUCAUCACAUUGCUCUGGAUCAUAGAGCUCAAUGUGAACGGCGGCAUCCCAACACAGCUGGAAAAAGAAGUCCUGCAGUACGACUACCGCGCUUCCUUCUUCGACAUUUUUCUCCUGGCUGUUUUCAGGUUCUCCGCUCUCAUUCUGGCCUACGCCGUCUGUAAGCUCCGUCACUGGUGGGCCAUCGCAAUCACCACUGCAGUCAGCUGUGCUUUCCUGAUCAUUAAAGUCAUUUUAUCAAAGCUGCUGUCUCAGGGCGGGACCUUCGGCUACCUGCUGCCCAUAGUCUCCUUCGUGUUGGCCUGGAUUGAAACGUGGCUGCUUGACUUCAAGGUUCUUCCUCAGGAGGCCGAAGACGAAAACAGAUAUCAGUCGAUCCUGGGGGCCACAGCGCGAGCUCCUCUCAUGGGUCCGGGUCCGUUAUCUGACGGACAGUUCUACUCCCCACCAGAGUCUGUGGCAGACUCUGACGAGGAACUGGAUGACAAACAUGAUCCAGAAAAAGGGCUCAUUCAGCAGGUGACCUAACAGGAUCUCCACCUCGGAAGGUGAAAUGUUUCUCCUGCUCCUGUUGUGCUACUGAGGGAGAAUUCUGCCUUACACAUUCAGCCAUUUUUGUUUUUAUUCUCCUCAAAAGAAGUCUUUGUAUAUUCAUAACACACGAAUGCACUUCUGUUUCUGAUCAGCCUUCUGCAUGUGCACCUGGGACUGGAAAAGUGCAGCUUAAAAAGCUAUUUCAGUAUCAUUAAUUUUCUGGAUGUUUUUCUUUUUUUUUUUCAUUUAAUAAACUCUGGACUUAUGAGUAGAAUCCAUAUUUAUAGAGGAAAAUUGCACAGUGUCCCAAAUGCAUGAGAUAAGAUUUGGAUAAGAUAUAAAUCAGUUUUUACACUGAAUUAUGGUCAGAUACUGACAUCUAAGUGUUUUUACACAAUAUUUAACAAAAACACACCUUCAUUUCUUAUCUAAGGUAUUAAUGUCUUAUAUUUCCAACAUCAUGUUUACGUUUAAUUUGUUGUGUUUUGUUUUGGGUCACUGUAAAAGAAAAAUAAGCUUGCUCCAUAGACUCUGCAUAAUUCAUUUUUUGGGCCAGUAUUGAGCUUAUGGACCAUGUUUGUAGGGAAAAAAGAGGCAAAAAUAUUUACAAUUUACUGCAUUUAUAUACUUUGAAAUGUAUUUGAAUACUUCCAGUUCUUAAAAAAAAAAGCAGAGAAACAACUUGCACGGAAUAUUGGAACAAUAUUACAGUAUGAGGAUUUUAGGAGUACUGUCUGCUUCUAAAAGAGUUAAGUAUUAUUUUACUUUUAAAGAAAAUGAGCCAUAAAUGUGCAGCACUUAACAUGAAGGUUUGAGCCGCUCUGUAUGAACUGUAAACUGCUCAAAACAAGAAAAAAAGCUGCUGUAACAGAGUUGGAGCUCAAUGUGAGUUUAAAAUACACGUACAUAUCUUCAUGCAUGCCUUUCAAGCUGAGUGGUUUUGUUUUUAUGAAACGCUUGUCUGUAAAAUGAAAAAUUAAAAUGUGAAAUCUG